GUGUCUUAAGAAACUGAAACCCUUUGCAAACUCUGCUGUGCACGGGUGCCGUGUUGCUAAUGCGCGUUGUUACUGUAUGCACCGCAGUGGUGUUGAAAGGGCUGGUCUGAAGCGACUCUUUCUCGUGUAAACCUGUCUGUGACGCGGUACCUAUUUCAACCUGAGCUGGGCGGGUCAGCACAUUAAUACUGCGCGGCGGCGUGUCUUCAUCGCGGAUAAGUUACAGCACCUCCCGAGGCGCGUUAAGACAAGAACAGCAACCGGAGCUACCGAAACACAUUCACACGAGACAGCAAGCUCGGGAAUGGCGAUGUGAAAACACCAACCUGUCUGCAGGAUGAGCUGUUUUGCUCUGUUGUGUUGUUGGAGAUUUGCCGUGCUGAAGAAUGCGCGUGUUUUGUCAUCGGAGAUUUCAAUCAGUUUGUGUUUAGUUUUAGGAAAUAGUAUCGGGACAGCAGAUAAGAAAUCUUCUUGAGGAAAGUUUCGGGGAAGGCGAAGGAUUUAGAAGACAACAACAUAAUACCGGUGAUGGGUGUCAUCAUUUCUUUAGAAAUGAUCACCGACACCAUUUAAUAGAAACACUUUGAGGACUGUGGAUUGCAAAACCUUUUACACUAGAGGAAGGAGUUGUAGAGAGAGAGAGAGAGAGAGAGAGAGAGAGAGAGAGAGAGAGAGAGAGAGAGAGAGAGAGAGAGAGAGAGAGAGAGAGAGAGGUUGUCUAAUGGAUUACUCGAAGGAAACUUUUUUUUUUUUUUUGAGUGGAUUAUAUCACGAAACGCGUUUGUUCUGAUUUGACUUUGGCAAGCCGUAUUUGCUGUUUUAGGAAAGCGUGUGGAUUAGGGUGGCACGGGUCGGAUAGAGAGCGAGUCGAACGCGCAUAGGACUCGCCGCUGCUCGUUCCUGCGCCCCGGUCGCUAUGGGUUGCUGUUGGUGUUGCCGGGCUUGCGGGUGCUUACUUACCGAGGAGGAGAAAGGGGACGCCGCCAUAAACAAGGAAAUCAACAAAAUACUCCAGGAGCAAAAAAAGAAAGAGAAAAACGAAAUCAAGCUGCUGCUCUUGGGGACUGGCGAGAGUGGAAAGACCACCUUCAUCAAGCAGAUGAGGAUCAUCCAUGGAGCCGGGUACUCGGAGGAGGAGCUGCGAGCCUUCGCCAAGCUGGUACACCAGAACAUCUUCACCUCCAUGCAGGCCAUGCUGAGAGCCAUGCACACCUUGAAGAUCCCCUUCGAGCUCCCGGACAGCCAGAGGAACAGCAGGCUGGUGUUGGAGGUGGACACUCUGCAGGUCACGAGACUCGACCAGCAACACGUGGCUGUCAUGAAGAGUCUGUGGAGUGACCCGGGAGUGAGACAGAGCUACAGCCGACGCAGGGAGUACCAGCUGCUUGACUCAACCUCCUACUACAUGGCUAACCUGGAGCGCAUAGCCGCUGUGGACUACAUCCCCACUGAGCAGGACGUGUUGAGAGUGAGAGUGCCCACCACAGGAAUCAAUGAGUACGCCUUCACGAUCAACACCAUAUUCCUCAGGAUCGUGGACGUUGGGGGACAGAAGUCCGAGCGGAAGAAGUGGAUCCACUGCUUCGAGAACGUGACGUCGCUGAUCUUCCUGGCCUCGCUCAGCGAGUACGACCAGGUCCUGGAGGAGAACGAGAGCGACAACCGCAUGGAGGAGAGCAAAGCCCUGUUCUACACCACCAUCCACUCGCGAUGGUUCAUCAAAUCCUCCGUCAUCCUCUUCCUCAACAAGGUGGACAUCCUGGGGGAGAAGAUCCUCACCUCCGACCUCGCCGACUACUUCCCCCAGUUCAAAGGCAGGAAGCAGGACGCGGCCGCGGCCAUGGAGUUCAUCAUGAACCUGUACCUGGCGGAGGUGGAGAGGAAGGAGAAGGACAAAGGCAAACACGACAAGAAGACGGUGUACCCCCACUUCACCUGCGCCACCGACACACACAACAUCCGCCACGUCUUCUCCGCCAUCAGAGACACCGUCCUCCUCAACUCGCUCAAGGAGUUCUCUUUGCUGUGAGCAGGCCAAGCGACUUACCAGCCAUGGGAUAGCGACAAGCCAGGCAGGGAGACAGACAGACAGGCAAGGAGGCAGACACAUGGUCUUAUGGCCAGGAUCGAACCAUCAAAGAGGUAUUUGGAAGUGUGUGAUUCAAAUAAACCAUUGCCCUGAUGUCUGUAACUGAUUAGACAAAUCAUUGAUUGUGUUUAAGAGAGGCGAUCUAAAAUGGAAGCAGACAGGCAGAAACUGGACAUUUCUUUCUGCGCUGAAACGUCACCACAGGGGGAAGCAAUACCCGCCCUACUGCAUGCGGGGGAAGCUUUGGACUGGCGUCAUUUAAGAUUCCAGUGAUAAACUGUGUAUGUGACACUGACGAGCCACCAGGGGGCACUGCAGCUCAGUUUCUGAAGCCUGUCACUUAGGAGGCACACAAUGGAAGUGCAGUAGUACCAUUACUGUCUCUUCACGGCUCUCUCUAGACCGGAGAACGCUUUGAAUUAGCAGAGCUGUGUUAUUAAACUGGGAAAGCUUGCCCACACAGAUGUAAUUGUGGUGCAGAAAUUGCAUCCCUGCUUUAAGACUGUAGCGUUGGUCGCUGAAGCGAUCAGAUGCGAGAAGAUUUCUGAAGUCUGAUUGCGUACGCCAUGGUAAGCGCAAAGUGGGGUAAAACCCUUCUCAAAGCCCCUCUAGUAAAAGCAUUGCACAGCGUGAGAAAGCACAGUGCAAGCAUGGUGAAGCAUGUACAAUUACAGUGGGAAACCUUUAUAAGGGAACUAACUGUAAAGAACUGUUAAAAACAUCAGUAAAUACAUGGAAGCUUGGGGGGGGGGGGAGUAGGGAAAUGGCAUGACAAUCUAAUCUUUCUUUUACAGAACUGUGAAUAAAAUGGACAG